GAAAGGGUCAUCAGCAGUCACUCUGCGCAUGUGCCCACCGGUCCCGCCUCCUCCCGGUUGCCUUCCGGGGUCUGUGCGGAGGCAGAGCCUGCGCACCUGAGUGAGAACCCGAGCCCCCGCGGUCAGCGCUGACAACAAGCCUACUUGUCGGUAUGGACGUGCCAUUUUAAGAAGCGAGAGGACUUUGCUGGGGGCGGAAUGAUAUCCCCCAGAGCAGGAGCUGGCCGUGCAGAGCGACCUUCACAGUUUUUUACCUUCUUGCAAGAGCAGCAGAAAAUGAACAAAGCUCAGGGAUCAGUGUCAUUCGAAGACGUGGCUGUGGAGCUCACCAGGGAUGAGUGGCAGUGCCUGGGUCCUGGGCAGAGGACCCUGUACAGAGAGGUGAUGCUGGAGAACUACAGCCACCUCGUCUCCACGGGGUAUUGCAUUACCAAACCCCCAGUGAUCUUAAAGUUGGAGCAAGGUGAAGAGCCCUGGUCCUUAGAGGAAGAAUUCCUAAGCCAGACGCACCCAGGAUAUUACAAAGUUGAUGUCCACAUUGAGGAGAACCAGGAAAAACAAGAGAAACCUCUUUGGCGAACUGGUUCAAGGGAGAAAUGCUUUGAUCUUAAUGAAUGUGGGAGAUCCUGUGACAAAGCCACUAUUGAGGAAUACGAUGAAAUUCAGAUGACUGUGACACACUAUGAAUGUAAUGAAAGUGGAAAUAAUUUCAACAGGAAUUUACUCCUCAUUCAACCUCAGAGAACUGUUACAAGACAUGGUGCUUUUGAAAGCAGUAAAUGUGAAGAAAACUUGACCCAAAGCUCAGCCCAUCUGGUACAUCAGAAGACACAAACUGGAGAUAAGGUCUGUGUUUUUAAUGGAUGUACAAGUGCUUCCUACCAGGACUUAAACCUUACAAUACAUCAGAGAACUCAGACAGAAGAGAAAUUCUACCAAUGUGGUAAACGUGGGGAAUCCUUGCAUCAAAACUCACUUUUCAGUGUACAUCAGGAAAAUGACAUAGGAGAGAAGGCAUUUGAAAGUAAUGAAUGCAGGAAGUUCUUUUACCAGAAAGCACACCUCAUUCAGCAACAGAGGACCCACUCAGAGGAGAAGACUUGUGAAUGUGAGGAGUGUGGGAAAUUCUUCUGUUCAAAUUCACACACUAGUCAUUAUCCUGGAACUCAUAUGGGGGCCUGUCUCUAUGAAUAUAAUGAAUGUGAGAAAACUUCCUGUCAGAUGUCAAACCUCAGUGAACAUCUGACAGUUCACACAAAAGAGAAACCUUAUAACAGUGAAUGUGGGGAAUCUUACAAGAAGUGCGCCCUCUUAGUACAUCAGAGAACACACACAGAGGCUGAACUCUAUCAAAGUAAUGAAUAUGGGAAAUCAUUCUCCAGGAUGGCACAGCUCAAAGAACAUCAGAGAAUUCACACAGGGGAGAAACCGAAUGAAUGUAUUGAAUGUGGGAAAACUUUCUCUAAGACAUCACAUCUCAGAGCACAUAAGAGAACUCACACAGGCAAAAAGCCCCAUGAAUGUAUUGCAUGUGGGAAAACUUUCUCUAACAAGACACACCUCAGUGCACAUCAGAGAAUUCAUACAGGGGAGAAACCCUAUGAAUGUAAUGCAUGUGGGAAAACUUUCACUUAUAAUUCAGCCCUCCGAGUACAUCAAAGAAUGCACACUGGGGAGAAGCCAUAUGAAUGUAAUGCAUGUGGGAAAACUUUCUUCAAGACAUCACACCUCAGUGCACAUCAGAGAAUUCACACAGGGGAGAAACCCUAUGAAUGCAUUGCAUGUGGGAAAAGUUUCACUCAUAAUUCAGCCCUCCGAGUACAUCAAAGAAUUCACACUGGGGAGAAGCCAUACGAAUGUAAUGCAUGUGGGAAAACUUUCUCUAAGACAUCACAUCUCAGUGCACAUCAGAGAAUUCACACAGGGGAGAAACCCUAUGAAUGUAAUGCAUGUGGGAAAACUUUUUCCAGGAAGAUAUACCUCAGUGCACAUCAGAGAAUUCACACAGGGGAGAAACCCUAUGAAUGUAAUGCAUGUGGGAAAACUUUUUCCCGUAAGACAAACCUCAGUACCCAUCGGAGAAUUCACACAGGUGAGAAACCGUAUGAAUGCAGUGAAUGUGGGAAGUUUUUUGCCCGUAUUUCUGGUCUAAGAUCACAUCAGAGAAUUCACACAGGGGAGAAACCCUAUGAGUGUAAUGAAUGUGGGACAGCUUUUGCCCACAGUUCAACUCUCAGUGAGCACCAGAGAAUUCACACAGGGAGAAACCACAUGAAUGUAAUGAAUGUGGGAAAACUUUCACUCAUAAGGCAGGUCUUCGAGCACAUUAUAACAGAAGGCACACCAGAGAGAAAAACCUUCAAUGUAAUGCCUUUGGGAAGUUCUGAAGAAACUGAUUAUUAAAACACAUAGUGGAGAAGGUCAUGUCACACAGACUGCAAAUUGUUACCUUUAACUAUUUCUUCUUCUAAUAGGCACAAGCAUGUCUAAAUUUCCCAAUCUGCCUUUCAUCCAGGUGGGGCUGGCCAUGGGUUAUUAUGCUGUUACAUAUCAGCUAAGUUUAGCCUUUAAAAAUUGCAUUCUUCCUGUUCUGUUAUUCAUACUGGAAUGGAGAAAUUUGCAAGGCAGACUUGUGUGGUGUAUAUUGAGCAUAGAGCACAAGGUAGUGAUGAAACAAUUUUCCACUAACAAAUCUUCCCGUUAGUUUUUUAAAAAAAAAACACAGGAAUUACAUUUGUACUGUGUUGAGCUCUUAAAGAUUUGGUGUAUUUGUUAAAUGCAUAUAAUUUAACCAACUCUGUUAGAAUGAAGUUAAACCUGUUAACCCUGGGUCGUUGGUGCCAAUUCAGCACCAACAGGAAUCCCUGAUUUGAGGUGCAGUGAGGAAGGAAACUUGACUCAGUGCUAUAGCAUGGCUGUGAAAAUAGCACAGCUGAGGCAUAGCUCAGUUGUGAUGCAGUGGAGCUGUGAAAACAGCAGGGCCUAGGUCACCCUUGGGCCAGGAUUGUCUUUGGCCAGGCAGCUCUGGUCUGCUCCAACGAGGCAUCUCCCAUGUUUCUACUGUAGCUGGGGAAAAACGGUCUUCAGUGGAAAGUUCGCUCCCCAAGCCAGAGGGAAGCUGGCUUAAAUGGACAGAAGUCCCUGCCUCUGGUCCCUGAUUGGUCUGUCCUCAUGCACAUGAGCCAUCCAAAUCCUCACAGUUUGGUCCAAAGGCACUGGUCCUGAUUGGUCAGAAUAGAGCUGCUCUGAUUGAAUGGAGAAAGCCUCAAUCCAAUUGGUAGAAAUAGGAUUCCAGGAAACCAUCAUAAGGGCUGGUUCAGCCAAUGGCAGUUUAGUGCUGAGCAGUUUGCAUAAAAGUCCCCUGUGCAGAAAUGGCUGCUGGCUCUGCUUUUUUUGUUUGUUUGUUUGAGCCAAGGUAGCCACCAGAAGCUCUUCUUAAUAGGUGUCUU